GGUUUCAGACGUAAAGCUCAGCCGAGUUGUGUCUCGUAUUUCAAAGCGGAACUCAAACUGAGCCAGGCCGCCGGAUUUGUUGCUACACGAGCAAAAAUACACAUAAUCGUCAUUACGUAGCGGCGAUGGCAGCACUGAGAACGGCACUCCAUGGACGGUUUGUUCAGGCCCUUCCCUUCUCCUUUGGGUCGCUGCGGUUUGCCAGCUCCUUUAAGGCAGCCGAUAUCAGCAUCGAGCGCUGCGCCACAAACAAGCCGAAGCCCGACCCCUCCACCUUGGUGUUCGGGAAACAGUUUUCUGACCACAUGCUGACCAUCUGCUGGUCGGAGAAGGGCGGCUGGGAGGCGCCUCAGAUCAAACCUUUCCAGAACCUGUCGCUGCACCCUGCCAGCUCUGCCCUGCACUACUCCAUAGAGCUGUUUGAAGGCAUGAAGGCGUUCCGCGGGGUUGAUAACCACAUCCGCCUGUUCCGACCCAUGUUGAACAUGGAGAGAAUGCAUCGCAGCGCUGACAGGAGCUGCCUCCCUUUGUUUGACAAAGGUGAGCUGCUGGAGUGCAUCAGGAAGCUGGUGGAGGUGGACCAGGAGUGGGUUCCCUACUCGCAGGAUGCCAGCCUCUACAUCAGACCCACCUUCAUAGGAAUUGAGCCGUCCCUGGGCGUUUCUCGGGCAGGAAAGGCUAUGAUCUUUGUCAUCGUUGGCCCAGUGGGACCCUACUUUGCCACCGGGUCCUUCAACCCCGUGUCUCUGCUGGCAGACCCUUCCUUCGUCAGGGCCUGGAGAGGAGGCGUCGGGGCGUACAAGAUGGGAGGAAACUACGGCCCGACGAUAGCGGUGCAGAACGAGGCGGUGAAGAAGGGCUGUCAGCAGGUCCUGUGGCUGUACGGAGAGCAGGAGGAGAUCACCGAGGUCGGCACCAUGAACCUCUUCAUCUACUGGACCAACGAGAAAGGAGAGAAAGAGCUGGUGACCCCUCCUUUGGACGGCAUCAUUCUCCCGGGAGUCACCCGACAGUCUCUGCUGGAUUUGGCCAGAUCGUGGGAUGAGUUUAAAGUGACGGAGCGCACGAUGGGCAUGAAGGAGCUGAUGAGCGCUCUGGACGCAGGACGGAUCCUGGAGGUGUUUGGAGCCGGGACGGCCUGCGUCGUCUGCCCCGUCGGCAGCCUCCUCUACAAAGGAAAGACGCACCAGAUCCCGACGAUGCAGAACGGUCCAGACUUGGCCAAGAGGUUCUACAAAGAGCUUACUGAUAUUCAGUACGGACGCCAACAAAGUGAUUGGGCUCCAUUGGUCGUUUAAACGGCCAUUUGCAUAUGCCAGUCAUAUCAAAAAAUAGUCCCAUGAUUCCAGUUUGGAAGACCAGCCCCGCCCCUCGGCCCCGGACCCACUGAUGCACUCCUCCGUACCGGCUGGCCCGAGGAGACGGGCGCCUUGUCUGCGUCCGUCUCCUCGGGCGACCUCACGAGCUGUUCCUCUUUAGACACUCCCAAAGGAGUAAGGUUCGUCUUUUGAAUGGCACCGACUCGCAUUCAAAAGCAAUAUGAAUAAUGAUAUGCAAUAGAACCGUGCACCUUCAGGCUCAUUACCCACAACUCCAAAGUGUACGCCACAAAGCAGGAAUACCAGUGUUAACCAGCUCUCCUUGCAAAAAAAUAAAAAAGACUAAAUAAAUAAACAAAAGAAGCAAAAAGCAAACAAAAGCAGCUAACCAAACAAAAGAAAUUGUGGAUCAGAAAAUAUUUAAUGUAAGUUUCUGCGUUGAUGCAGGUGAGAUUCAGCAAUAUGUAAUUUAAAAGGAGGGAAAAAAAAUGAGCUCCCCAGAUCGUCCUGCUUGGUGAAAGGCUGCACUCCAUUCAGAAGCGGUCGUGUUUGUUUGCACUCCAGUCGUAGCACAAUGUGAGCUGAGGACGGCGCUCCUCGUGGCUAACCCGCACAAGCAUUAGCAGAUCUGUAAGGUCACACCGGCAAAUAGGCACAAAACUAACAUAUUACAAUCACAGGAAUGGAAAUAUUACUGUUGUUGUAAAUGGUACAGAGCUGCUACUUGUCUGUUGUAUAGGACUUGACCUUGAUUAGCUUCUUGGCAGCGCGUACUCUACAAGUAGUUUACUUCAUCAUCAGCUGUAUUUGCAAUCCAGUUUGCAGCAGGAACAACAUAUGAGGAUAGAACUUAUGAUGUUUUCUCGGAAACGUUUUGCUGUUACAUGUAUUUGAAGUUCAAAUCGGAAAUAGGAAACCUGUAUACUCAUGGGAUAUGUUUUACUGUCAUAUAUAUCUCUCUCUAUAGAUAUAUAUGUAUAUAUAUAUAUAUAUAUAUAUGUAUGUGUGUGUAAUGACCUGAGAGCCUUGCUUUACUUCUCAUGGGGCCAUGUCACUUUGACACCAGAGCUCUUUUUUUCUUUUUGUUUCUUUUUUUUUUUUUAACAGCGUCAAAGAAAAGUUUGCACUGACCUUGGUGAUAUCUGAUUUGCAUCUGAGUGUAGCUCAGUUUUUAGAGAGGAAACUUGAGUGGCUUUUAUGUUUAUGGGCUUUGAUUGUAAGGACACUAUGGGUAAAGUUUGUCUAAAAGGCUGAGAUCUGAAAGGCGAGGUCUGGGCAAACUUAAGCACGCACAAAAACACCGGAAAAAGCACCAUGAGGCCCCGGGCCUACCUGCUGUAGAUAGAGACGAGACUGUUUUAGAUGUGCCGGCAGAGACUCCUGCACUAGUUUGUGUGUAGUCAUCAAGUGAAAAAUCUAUAUGAACAAAAAGAAGGCCUAGAUUUGUUUCUUCUUUUUUUUUAAAGUAAGACCUCUGUAGAGGUUUUUUAAGUGUUUCUCUUAGUUUUGAUAUGGAAUUUGGCCUACCGUCUUCCAAAGUGUUUGACUGUGUCACCGUUAUUUGCCGUAUAGUUUUAAGUCCCCCCUCCCCUUUGCUGUUUUUUUCUCUCUUCGAAUGUAUUCUUACUUUUUCACACAAGGUUCACACUCCAUACACCUUUCUCCCCCUCCUCUGUCUAAGUGCCUGACCUGAGUGUGUUAGUUAGUGUAUCCUGUGGAUCUUCCGCCUUUGUUUUUUAUGUUGUUUGGUGUUGUGUCUGCACUAGGAGAUAUUGCUGGAUUCUCUCAGUAAUGUGGUCUUUUUUUUUUUUUUUUUGUGGGACAUUGUUACUUUUAAUGUGCUGUUACUUUUACCCGGCUGUUAUGUUUUUACAAUAAACCUGAUCUGGAUCUGUG